UAAAUAUAAAACAAAAGACCGGACACAUGGUUAAAGUAUGAGGUUGGGCAUAUCAUACAAUCGUGCAAAAGAAUGAACCCACAACCAAAAGCUCUAACUUUUUGCAUGUGUUAUUUUAUAUUUAUAUACAGAAAUCAAGAAUCAGCUUUAAUUAUAGUUAUUCAACAUGGCCGGAAUUCCACUAGCACUGAAAAAUCCCGAAAUUAAGUAUACCAAGAUUUUUAUCAACAAUGAAUGGGUUGAUUCUAAGGAUGGUUCGACAUUUGCAACCUGCAAUCCCACAACAGAAGAAAAAAUUAUCGAUGUAGCAGAAGGAAAAGCGGCCGACAUAGAUGCAGCAGUACAGGCAGCAAAAGCUGCAUUCAAGCCGGGAUCUGCAUGGCGUAAGAUGGAUGCUUCACAGAGAGGGCUUUUGCUGAACAAAAUGGCUGAUUUUAUGGAACGCGAUGCACAAUAUCUUGCCUCUCUGGAAUGUCUGGACUGUGGAAGAUUGUAUUCCCACGUACUGCUUGGUGACAUACCUAUUUGCAGUAAAAUAUUCAGAUAUUUUGCUGGAUGGGCGGAUAAGUACCACGGGAAAACAAUUCCGUUUGAUGGCGAUUACUUUUGCUACACCAAGCAUGAACCUGUGGGAGUUUGUGGAGCAAUAACUCCGUGGAAUGUUCCCAUCGGAAUGUUUACAAUGAAAGUUGCACCUUGCUUAGCGAUGGGAAAUGUUCUUGUUCUGAAACCGGCAGAAAACACUCCUUUGACUGCAUUGUAUUUAGCAUCACUUAUGAAAGAAGCAGGAUUUCCACCAGGAGUUUUGAACGUUGUACCAGGAUUUGGGAAAACUGCUGGACACGCUUUAUCACAUCACAUGGAAGUCGACAAAAUUUCAUUCACUGGAUCAGGAGUGACCGGACGCUUGAUUCAGAAAGCUUCAGCUGAUUCCAAUUUGAAACGAGUCUCUCUGGAACUGGGAGGGAAAAGUCCCAAUAUUGUGUUCUCUGACGUUGAUAUUGAUGAGGCUGUCUCUCUCGCAAAUACUGCUGUAUUCACGCACAACGGACAGAUUUGUUGUGCUGGAACUCGAACGUUUGUUCACGAAGAUAUUUACGAUGAAUUCGUUAAAAAGAGCGUUGAAAAAGCAAAAUCUUUGCCAACUGGAGAUCCUAGUGAAGUCACCACAGUGAAUGGACCUCUGAUCAGCAAAAUCCAAGAGGAUCGAGUUUUGGGACUUUUGAAAAGUGGUGUCGAGGAAGGUGCUAAAGUUAUGUGUGGUGGAACAAAGAUGGAGGGAAGGACCGGAUUUUAUAUAGAACCAACUGUAUUUACUGAUCUUCGUGAUGACAUGAAGAUUUCGCAGGAAGAGGUCUUUGGACCUGUCCAACAAAUUUACAAGUUUAAAGACGUUGAUGAAGUUAUAGAAAGAGCGAACAACACCCGGUAUGGACUUGCUGCCGCUGUUAUUACGAAGGAUAUUGACAAAAUCAUGGCAAUUACAAAUGCUUUGCAGUCAGGAACUGUGUGGGUGAACUGUUACUUUCCGUUCAGUCCAGGGGCUCCAUUUGGAGGAUUUAAAGAAUCUGGAAUCGAUCGAGAGAUGAGUGAAUAUACUUUAAGUCAAUACACUGAAGUCAAGACAGUUAUCAUGAAGAUUCCCGGAUCUGGUGCUCAAAUUUAACAAAUUAAAUGAUUUCAGUGUUCAAACUUAAGUUCAUCAUAUAAAUUCACUUACCCAAUAAACUCUUGAUUUUUCAAAUUAUUUUCGUUGAGAUCCAGCACGCGUCCAUGAGAACGUGCAGCCGCAAGAUGUAGCUGGAUAAAAAGUCAUGACUAAUUAUAGGCAUCUUAAUAUUAAUAUUAAGGCACAAAAAAAUUGAUGAAAUACUACAUAUUGGUCAGUUAAUGGUAACGAUCAAAAUAUAAAAACUAUAAGAAUACUCUGGCUCAAAUUAUGAGAGAUCUCAAACAGUAAUAACAAGAGAGAUAUAACGCACACUUGGUAGACAAUAAAAGAUAUCGAUAAUUUGAUCAAACUCUGAUACUUCAAUUGCGAAUGAAGGUUCCAAAGAACUACAUUUCUAUUCCAAAGUGUCAACCUUGAUCAACCAUUUUCCAAAAGUUUUAUUCAACACGAUAAUCGCACGAAAACAAAAAACCUUCUUAAAAUUACUGCCGACUUUAUUGGUCUUAUUUUAGGAAUCGCAUCUUUCCAUCAGCCCUCCAGAUGGCCCGUGUCAUCCCAUUAUAUAAAUUUUGAGACAAAACAAAUCCCAUCAAACUAUAUAAACCAUGCAUUUUCGAUAAUAUACUUUGCCUCGUGUUCUUAUGGAAACGAGAAGUGAAUGAACAUUUUUAAGUGUUCAUCCAAUGUCGUUCCGUAAACCUACUAUCUUGAAACUCAACACGUCAUAA